CUCUUUUCUUUCUCAACCAUUGCCAUGUCCUUGAAGUUUCGCGGAGCCUCGGAGGCGAUAGACGAGCAAGUUGAAACCAUCAUUGCCAAAACGUCCGGUUUGGACAUCGGGGAAGGGCUAGACGAAGUCGAGCCUGAGCCAUACUACUACGACGGUAUGAAUGAGGACACAGAGUACGAGCUUGCGCUCCUAGCGGCGCAGACAAACUACUCCAAGCUCUUUAUCCCGCUCUUAAUCUUCCUUGCGUCCUUCCUUGUCAGAGCGUACAAGAUCGGCUUGUCAAAGCUGGUUGUGUGGGAUGAGGCGCAUUUCGGCAAGUUCGGCGCAUACUACCUCAAACGCGAAUUCUACUUUGACGUACACCCACCGUUGGGAAAAAUGCUCGUGGCAUUUUCUGGCUGGCUCGCAAACUUUUCUGGAGAGUUUGAGUUUGACAGCGGUAGCAGCUUCCCAGACCACGUAGAUUUCAGAUCAAUGCGGCUCUUCCAGGCGGUGGUCGGUGGGUUGGUGCCGAUGUUUGCGUACUUGACGAUGGAAAACUUGCAGCUUGCGAGCGGGAAGUGGGCCAGCUGGCUUGUGGUCAUCAUGACCUGCUUCGAGACCCUUUCCGUGCAGUUGUCGAAGUUUGUGUUGCUUGACGCGUUGUUGUUAGCAUUCACCGUCAGCACCUUCUUCUGCAUGACCCAGGUGCACCGUCUCAGGGCCAGCGGAAAGGAGUUUACGUUUUCAUGGUACGCAUGGCUCGUACUUUCCGGUGUAUCCAUUGGCUGUGUGUGCAGUGUCAAAUGGGUCGGCUUGUUUGUGACCGCCACCUACGGCUGCUACGUGUUGUACGAUUUGGGGCGCAAGCACUUUGACCUCGGUCUCUCCCGGGCCCGCUACUACUCGCAUUGGGCGAUCAGGGUGGCCACGCUAAUCGUGAUUCCCCUCGUGGUCUACCUCAUCUCCUUCAAAUUGCACUUUAUGAUCUUGAACAAGUCGGGCACCGGUAACGGGUCCAUGUCGUCUUUGUUCCAGGCCAACCUCCGAAACACUGACAUCGACCUCACCGCCCCUAGAUCCUUGGCGUUGGGCUCCGCCGUGACCCUCCGCUCGCACGGUCUCUCGUCGAACCUUCUCCACUCUCACCAACACCUUUACCCGGAAGGCUCCAAGCAGAGACAGAUCACCACGUAUGGCCACAAGGAUGAAAACAACGUGUGGAUCGUGUACCCGCCGCACCAGGAGUUUGACGGCUUACCGACAACCUCGCUCAUCCAGGACGGCCAGGUCAUCCGCUUGGUGCACAACUCCACCGGUGGAAACCUUCACUCGCAUCCUAUCAAGGCGCCCAUGUCUAAGAGCUCGUACGAAGUGAGUGGCUACGGCGACAGAAACGCCUUCAAGGAUGGGAACGACUACUGGGUGGUGGAGAUCGUAGAACAGUUGCAGGAAGACGAUACCGCGUUCCACCCGCUCUCCACUAACUUCCGCUUGAGACACUUGGAAAUGGGCUGCUACCUCGCCACUACCGGCUUGGCGUUGCCAAAGUGGGGGUUCGACCAGGGUGAGGUGGUCUGCAAGAACUCCUGGAUCUCCAGAGACAAGGCCACGUGGUGGAACGUCGAGCUGCACGAGAACCUGGUGCUUCCGCUGGUCCAGGACUACAUUCCACCCAGCUCACGCUUCUUUAAGGACUUUGUGCUCUUGAACUUUGCGAUGAUGGCGUCCAACAAUGCCUUGGUGCUGGAUCCGAACAAGAACGAUGACUUGGCGUCCUCCUGGUGGCAGUGGCCGUCCGUUAACAUUGGCUUGCGCAUGUGUAGCUGGAGUGCUAAGUCCGUGAGAUACUACAUGUUGUCGCAUCCCUUCACGACGCUUGCUUCAACUGCUUCCUUGGGUGUUUUCUUGGCCAUUGUCGCAUCCAAGAUCUACAAUUACCAGAGACAGCUGCUCCGUCUCGACAAUGUCCAGUUUGAGCAGUUCUUGGUGGGCGGUGUGUUCCCGUUCUUGGGCUGGCUCUUUAACUUUUAUCCGUUCGCUAUCAUGGGCCGAGUCACGUACGUGCACCACUACCUUCCAUCGCUCUACUUUGCCACCUUUGUGUUGGUGUUUGUCUUGGACUACUUUGUGGGCCACACGCACUAUGUGAAGCCUCCGGUCUAUUUGGCGUUAUACGCCACUACGAUCGGGUUCUACUGGCAUUUUUCACCGUUUGUCUACGGCAUGGAGGGCGACCACAACCAGUACCGGUAUCUUCAAUGGUUUUCUAAGUGGCACAUGCUCCACUAGUUGUAUAUAGUGUAUUUAUUGGCCGUAACCCGCUUGAUU